UUAUUUUUGUUCACUUCGGCCAAUAUUUAUCAAGAUGUUACUUUUAUUUGAGUUUUGUAAGAUUUAUUGGAAAUCUCUGGUAACAUUUAUUUGGCCUUUGAUGAUACUUCCAAUUUUGGUGUUGAACAAUUCUCCUGCCUUCAGAUGUAUCUAUGUGGUGCUGAUUAUGUGUGUAUAUUGGAUCACUGAAUGUAUUCCACCACCUCUAACAUCAUUAUUGCCCAUGGUGCUGUUUCCAUUGAUGGGGAUCUUGAGUUCCGAUAGAGUCGCCGCUAACUACAUGAAUGAUACCAACAUGAUGUUGAUAGGAAGUAUAGUUAUUGCCAUCGCUAUGGAAGAAACCAAGCUACACAUGAGAAUCGCGUUGAAUAUCAUUAACGUAGUGGGAUGCAGUAUAAAGAGACUUCAUAUCGGAUUGUGUUUAGUGACAAUGUUCAUUUCCAUGUGGAUUGCAAAUACAGCUGCGACUGCUCUGAUGUUACCAGUAGUAGAAGGUACAUUGCAAGCUUUACAACUUCAAGGUUUGAUAUCAAUGUGGGAAAUUGACGAACAGCUUCCAUCUCCCAGUCCCAAGCCAGCAGGUACAGCAACAGCUCCAACAGAACUAUCGGAAGACCGAAGACCAUCAAAUAUAACGAUGUGUUAUUAUAUUUCAAUAGCCUACGCUUCACUAAUAGGAGGAACUGGUUGUAUUAUUGGAUCAGGUGCGAAUUUAGCUUAUAAAGGACUGUACGAGACAAGAUUUCCACAUAGCCCUGGAGUAGAAUUUGCUAAAUGGAUGAUGCUUAACCUUCCUCUAAUGUUGAUAACCAUUUUAUUCUCUAUAUUAUGGAUACAAAUUUGGUAUUUGGGAUUAUUCAGACCUUAUUCGAAAGCAGCUAAAGAUAUUAAUUUGGGUGCAGACUCUGAAUCCGCAGCCAAAGAAAUAAUAUCCACGCAACUGAAUCAAUUAGGACCCAUUAGAUUUGAGGAAAUUGUUGUUGCUUUUUGCUUCGUUUUAGCUGUGAUUCUAUGGUUUUUCAGAAGACCUGGUUUCAUACCCGGGUGGCCACAUUUGUUCACUGAGCUGAAAGUUGGAGAUGCUGUUGUAGCUAUCUUUAUAUUAUUUUUAUUCAUUCUAAUGCCCAAUUUCCCAGACUUUAUAUACCUUAGAAGUUCAGACGAAGCUAAAAGGCCUACAUCAAAUUCACCAAGUAUCGUUUCCUGGAAAGUUAUUGAACGCAAGAUGCAUUGGGGAUUACUUUUUGUCCUUGGAGGAGGUUUUGCUAUGGCAGAAGGUGCUAAAACGAGCGGAAUGACCAAACUGAUAGCUGAAUCUCUGAAAUCUUUUCUGGAAAAUGACAAAAUAAUUGUUAUGAUAGUUUGUUGCGGAAUGGCGGUCAUAAUCACACAGUUUCUUUCAAGUAACGUAGCUUGCGUUACUAUCGUGACACCAGUAGUGCUGGACAUGUCGGUAGUCGCUGGAUUACAUCCUAUGUACUUAGGUAUGAGUGUCGCCCUUGCUAGCUGUUACUCCUUUCUGCUGCCAGUAUCUACUCCACCGAAUGCUCUGAUCGCGGGACCUUCCAGGAUAAAAGGAAUCGAAAUGGCCAAGGUGGGAUUAGGGCAAUUGAUCCUAACUCUUGCAGUUCUUCUGAUUGUUUACCCCUUCUAUGCACCCUUAGUUUGGGAUAUGGAUAUUCUACCUGACUGGGUUGAAACGGAUAAAGAAGAAAAGCCAUAAUUUGUAAUAUUGGUCAAUUAUAUGGAAUAUCUAAAUUUUAUGUGGAUGAUGAUACUUUAUCGAUUUUUUGUAAUGAAAUAAAUAUUAAUUAUACAAAAUUUAUUGUAUAUAGAAAAUGUUUAUUGUCAUAUUUAGAUGUAAUAAAC